UGCCGCCCGGCAUGGUCUCCUUCAUUCGUUUCAGCAGAGCAGCGGACGAAAUGGAAACACACGGCCAGCGUGAGCAGAGCAGCGGACGCCCCGGCGCCGGCAGAAUCCCAGGAGAGGGCAGACCGCCACAGCCGUCGCCGCGCACAUACACUUCACCACCACCGCGCGUCUCCCCCUCGCCCGGCGCAGGCACACGACCGGAGAGAGUCAGAAUUGCCAUACCCAGGGGGCCCGGGGUCAUAAGCUCGUCAAUGGAGCCGCCUCCGCCGCCGCCGCCGCCGCGCGUCAGCUUCCGCCGUGGCAGGGUCGCCAUGGCGCGGCGUCACGGCUGGCAGCUCCCCGGCGACACCCGGCAGGUGACUGCUAUAACGGGGUUCUUAUGGAUGUGUAUGGCAUUCUAUGCUUUCUUGUCUCCAUUUCUUUGGAAGGAGUUGUAUCAUGUCGCAGUCGGUGUUUAUAGUUUUCUGGCCUUAUCUGUACUGAUUCUGUACACUAGAUGUACUGCUAUUGAUCCUGCUGACUCGGGCAUCCUGAUGACCGUCAAUGGUGCACUAAUCUAUAAGUCAGAAGCAAACAUAGACACUCAAGAAGAAGCUGGCAGUCCAGGAUUGAGAACCAGCGAAGGAAACCAGAAGCAUAAAUCAUGUUUAGGAGCUGGUUGUUCCUGUUGUGCUAUUUUUGUGAAAGAGGAUUGUCGCAAACAAGAUGAAGCUUAUCAGCAAGAAGAUUAUGGUGAGGUGGUACUCCCUUGCAACCUUUGCAACACAGAGGUGCUAAAAAAUAGUAAACAUUGUGGAAGCUGUGACAAGUGCGUUGAUGGUUUUGAUCAUCAUUGUCGUUGGAUGAACAACUGUGUUGGAAGGAAAAACUACGCCACAUUUUUUUGCCUUUUGUCUAUGACACUUGGUUGGUUUGCAGUUGAGUGUGGGGUUGGCAUAGCUGUGUUUGUCCGUUGCUUCACCGAUAAAACAGCCAUUGAAGACAAGAUAGGGGAAAAGCUUGGUCAUGGUAUUUCAGGAGCACCCUUUGAAGUCAUUGUGGCCUUGGGUAUAGCUCUUUCUGGGCUAGGUUUCUGUUUUGUGGGGCAGCUGUUCAUCUUUCAUAUCUUAUUAAUCCGGAAGGGCAUCACAACUUAUGAGUAUAUGGUGGCAAUGAGGGCUGAGAGUGAGAGUGAAUCUCCUGGUCACAGCCUGUCAUCUUCUUCCAUGGGUUCUGCAGCGACUGCUUUCAGCGGGAGCUCACGACACUACAAAGGUGCAUGGUGUCCAUCAGGCAUCCUCCUUGACCAGGAUGAAAUUACUCCGUACUUGGGACCUGAGAGAUUGCGCUCUACUGUUGAUCCUGACCUGGUGGAAAGAACCAGACAUGCUAAGCGCCAAGUUGGUAUUAACCCAUGGAAGCUUGCAAAGCUGGAUUCCAAUGAGGCCAUGAAGGCAGCAGCCAAACACAAGGCCUCUUCAUCCAUACUGAACCCGAUCAGUAGAGUGUAAUCUACAAUUGGAAUGUCAUGAUUAGUAUUAGAUUGAGAAUUUAGUCGGUGAGGUCUUAUCUUGCUCUGCUCAGUGAUUGGAUAAAAAUACUCGAUGUUGCAAUAUGGGGACAAACUAAAACAUCAGAUUUUCUAGUGCUUGUGUGGAGUU